AUAUAUCUUAUUGCAACUAUCAUUUUGUCUCAUACGAGCAAGAGCUACUAUAAAUGAUGGGCGACACUUCCCAGUAUUGCAUUCAAAAAUUAGCUUUAUCACCCAGGGUCAUGGCUUCAAUGGAAAUUCACUUCAUUACCAUCUUUGCUUUAUUCUCUUUGAUGCUAGUCGGAGGAAGUAAUGCCUCUCUGCCUGCUGAAGAGUAUUGGUAUUCCAAGUUACCAAACACUCCAAUGCCAAAAGAGUUGCAAAAUCUUCUGCAACCUGAUAUUAAAGGCAAUUAUGCUUUCUGGGAUAUGGAUGAUAGCAAUGAAUACGAUGAAGCUUUUAGAAACAGAUAUGAGGAAGCUUUUCGAAACAGAUAUGACGAAGCUUUUAGAAACAGAUAUGACGAAGCUUUUAGAAACAGAUAUGACGAAGCUUUUAGAAACAGAUAUGACGAAGCUUUUAGAAACAGAUAUGAUGAAGCUUUUCGAAACAGAUAUGACGAAGAGUUCAGAAAUAGAUAUGAAGAAGCUUUUCGAAACAGAUAUGAGGACGAGUUCAGAAAUAGAUACGAGGAAGAGUUCAGGAAUAGAUAUGAAGAAGCUUUUGCAGACACUCUCCCUAAUUCAACGAUAUUCUUCAUGUACAAUGAUCUCCACGCUGGCCAAAAAAUGAAGCUUCACAUAACUAAAUCAACAAAUAAGGCUAGAAUUUUGCCUCGUCAAGUUGCUGAAUCUAUUCCCUUUUCAAGCGAUCAGUUACCAGAAAUUUUUCGGCGGUUGUCAAUAAAACCUGAAUCAAUGGAAGCUAAAAUCAUCAAGAAAAAGGUGGAGGACUGCGAGUCGAUAGGGAUUAAAGGAGAAGACAGAUUCUGCCCCACGUCUCUAGAGUCCAUGAUUGAUUUUGUUGUUUCACAUGUUGGAAAUAGAGUGCAGGUACUUUAUAAUAAAAUAAAUAAGCCAACAAGAGCACAAGAGUACACCAUCUUGGAUGUUAAAAUGGUAGGAGAAAACCAAGUGGUGUGCCAUAAACAGAAAUAUCCAUACGCUGUGUAUUAUUGUCAUUCAAUAAGUUCUACCAAGGUAUAUAUGGCUCCACUUGUGGGUGCUGAUGGGACGAAAGCUAUAGCAGUAGCAGUUUGCCACUCAGAUACCUCGAACUGGAAUCCAAGGCACUUAGCCUUUUUGAUGUUGAAGGCAAAACCAGGAGAAGGACCAAUUUGCCACUUUAUUAAAAGUGAUGCACUUGUCUGGGUUUCAAAUGAAUUUCUUAAACUAAAACUCCAAUGAUGUCUAUCUCUUUGGGUUAGACCCAUAUAGGUGUUUGUACUAUCCAUUUUUGCUAUUUGAAUAAGCCACUCCUUAUGUGUGCAUGUGUUUAUGUCCUUGUAAUAAAGAUGAAGAAUAUUUAAUCGGAUGCUGUAAAAUGUACUCUUGAUUGUUAA